AUGGCCAACAUUUCCAGGUAAGUGUUUAAGAAAACCUCCUCUAACAGGAAGCUUUCUGUCUACCUGGGGAAAUGGGACUUUGUGGACCAUGCAGACAUGGUGAAACCCAUUGAUGAUGUAGUCUUGGUUGAUCUUGAUUACUUAGAAGUUUGAAAGAUGUUUUUCAUGUUGACAUGUGACUUUCGAUAUGGCCAGGAUGUGAUUGGUUUGACAUUCCUCAAAGACAUCUAUGUACAGGUCCAACAAGUCAUCCCAGCAGAGCCCACCAACCCCCAGAAGCCCCUCACAGUCCUGCAAGAGCAACUGCUGCACAAGCUGGGGGACAAUGCCUACCCCUUUACCCUGCAGAUGGUUGUCAACCUGCCCUGUUCAGUGACACUGCAACCAGGUCCUCAAGGUACAGGAAAAGCUUAUGGGGUUGACUUGGAAGUGAAGAGUUUCUGUGCUGAAAAUUUGGAGGACAAAAUCCUUAAGCAAAACUCAGCGAGGCUAGUGAUUCAAAAAGUACAGUUUACACACCUGGAGGCAGACCCUGGCCCCUGGGCCCAGGCCAUCUGCCCCUUUCUUCUAUCAGCUCAGCCCCUUUAACUUCAGGCCUGGAUGGAGAAGAAGGUUUGUGACCCCCACUUCCCUGGUCAACCCAUCUCUGUCAAUGUUUCUAUUAACAACUGCACCAGCAAGAUCCUGAAAAAAAUCAAGAUUUCAGUUGACGAGAUCGCAGAUGUUGUCCUGUAUUCACUAGACCAGUACACCAAAACAGUGUUCAUUCAGGAGUUCAUGGAGACUAUAGCUGUUAACUCCAGCUUCUCCAAGAGCUUUACAAUAACCCCACUCCUGGCUGCCUACUGCCAGAAACAGGGCUUGGCACUGGAUGGAAAACUCAAGCAUGGUGAUACCAAUCUGGCCUCUAGCACAAUUCUUAGACCUGGAAUGAACAAGGAGCUGCUGGGGAUCCUGGUGUCCUACAAAGUCAGAGUCAAUCUUAUGGUGUCCAGUGGAGGCAUCCAAGGCAACUUGACAAAUCCUUGCAGUGAUGUUGGUGUGGAGCUGCCCCUGAUCCUGAUGCAUCCAAAGCCAUCUCAUGAGGCCUGGAACUCUGAGGACAUAGUCAUCCAGGAGUUACCCUGCGGGGAGGAGAGGCAAGAGACUUUGGCAGCAGAGAGGGACGAGGGGAGCUGA